AUGGUUUGUGACAUCGGACUCGCUCGUUAUUUUGGAGAUAAAUUUUCUGAUGCAAAAGAAACUGUUGAAAAUAUUAAAGAGUUAUCUCCGAAAAUAAAUGAUACAUUUCAUAGCUGUCGUUGGAAGAACUUUCUAAGUGAUUGUUUGGACAUAUUUUUGCCCAUCAUCACUGAAGAAGGUGUUUGCUACACCUUCAAUACAUUGGGUGCUGAAGAAUUAUUUAGAGUUGAAAACCUCAAUAAGGACUAUGAUUACUUAGAACAUUCCAAACGUAAUUCCAAUCUUUGGACGUUAGAAGAUGGGUAUCCUCCUAAUAGUCCAGUAGAGACAUACCCUCAUAGAGGCACGGUUUUUGGCAUUAAAUCAGGAUUGAAGGCAGUUUUUAAAUUUAAAGGAAUUGAUCAAGACUUCCUUUGUAGAGGUCCUGUUGAGGGAUUUAAGAUAUUGCUGCAUAAUCCGGCAGAACUGCCGCGUCUUUCAAAAAAAUUCUUCAGGGUACCUUUAGCUCAGGAAGUGAUUGUUGCAGUUAAACCUAAUAUGAUGACGACCUCUAAAGGCUUGAUAAGUCUAGAUUCUUCAAAACGUCAAUGCUAUUUCCCAAAGGAUCGUUACCUCCAAUAUUUCAAAAUUUACACUCAGGCUAAUUGUGAAAUAGAGUGUCUAUCAAACUUCACGUACGCUAGAUGUGGGUGUGUUCAUUUCGGCAUGCCUCUGGAACUAGCCACAGCAGCAAUACAAACUCAUCUGGAAAAAAACACAUCUCAUAAUGGCAUUCUGAGUAAAGCUCUGUUAGUGGCGUCAAAAUGCAAAUGUCUUCAAUCCUGUACAUCCAUAGAAUACGAUGCUGAAACAUCACAAGGAGUUUUCAGUUGGCAAAACGCGUUAAAAGCUCACAACAUAGUUAUCCAAGAAAACACCAAUUUUUCUGUUAGUCUGGUUUCGAUUUUCUUCAAAGAAGACCAAUUCAUUACUUCACGAAGAUCUGAAUUGUAUGGGCGAACAGAGUUUUUAGCCAAUGUCGGUGGCCUACUUGGACUCUUUCUGGGCUUCUCCAUACUAAGUGUAGCUGAAAUAUUAUAUUUCCUCACCUUAAGGAUAUGGUUUUUUGUGAAAACGCCAUCAAACAAAUUAGAAGCAAAUCCUUAA